AUGAGCCAAUAUCGGUGCGCCAAGCUUGGUUGCCCAGUACUGGGCCAAGCAAGUCCCCGUCAUUCAACUCUGGCAGUUCCUCCAUGGGCUAUCGAAUGUAGGAUUACCGCGUUAAGUGAGAAGCAAAAUGUUAAGAUUGCUUUAGCUUUAGUCUAUGUACUUGACCCGGUAUCCUUCUGUACUCUCAUCUGCUCUCAAUUCCGUAAGUUCACUUCAAAUUCUUCUUUCUUGGUUUCUAUGUACAUUUUGAUCCUCUCUGGAGUCUACGACGCUUUACAACACAAUUGUCAUGUAUCUGAAUAA